AAGUCUAAUGGCGGCAUGUUAGAUUACAUGCUUUCAGCAUUUGAAAACAGUAUCGUUCCUAAUGAGAUUCCAUUGUUGAUACGACGUGUCGUUUAAAGGCUCAACUAAAAAGAUCUCACUGCAAAAUCCUUACACCUAGAGCUAAACCCUCUUCUGGCUUCCCAAAAACCCAUUCAUAAAGAAGAAAAAAUGGAAAUGAUAAAGAGAAAAAUCAAGCUUCAUUUCUCACCCAAAAUAAUUUCCAGAUGGAACCCAAAUCCCCAAUUCUACUUUUCGUCACUAUUCUUCUCCACACGUUCCCAAACCCAAUCUUCUUCUUCUUCAGAAAGUUCAAAAUUAUAUGAUCGAAUUCAAAUUGUAAGGGACCCAAAAGAGUCGAUUAUACCAGUCCUAAAUCAAUGGGUUAGUGAAGGACACACUGUUGGCAAAGCCUUACUUCAAUCUCUUGUUCAUCUCAUGAAGGGUUAUAAGCGCUUCAAUCAUGCUUUAGAGAUGUCACAUUGGAUGACUGAUUGUCGAUACUUCUCAUUAUCACCCAGUGAUGUUGCAGUUAGGUUGGAGUUAAUUUAUAGAGUUUAUGGAUCAGCACAUGCAGAAAUGUACUUUGAGAAGAUUUCAGAUAAGCUAAAAAGUGGCAAUGUAUAUGGUGCUCUUCUCAGUGGCUAUGUGCGAGAAAAUUCUGUUCAGAAAGCAGAAGCAGUUUUACAGGAAAUGAGGGAGAAGGGAAUAGCAACAUCAUCCUUCCCUUACAACAUAAUGAUCAACCUUUAUGCUCAAAAUGGAGCGUUUGAGAAAAUUGACAUAUUAAAAGAGGAAAUGGAAAGAAAUGGAAUCCCUCAAGAUAAGUACACCAUGAGGAACCUAAUGGCCGCUUAUGUUGCUGCAUCUGAUAUUUCUGGGAUGGAAAGAAUCUUAAAUCAACUAGAAACGCAUCCUCAACUUGGUCAUGGUUGGCAAGCGUAUUCAGUGGCUGCAAGUGGCUAUCUGAAAGUUGGAUUGAUUGAGAAAGCUUUAAAAAUGUUAAGGAAAAUGGAGGAAACAAUGCCUAUUGGGAAGAAGACAUCGGCAUUUAAUUAUCUUCUUACUCUCUAUGCCAAAACGGGAAGAAAGGAUGAGCUUUACCGAGUUUGGAAUAGCUAUAAGCCAUUAGCUGAGGUGAAGGAGACACAAUUUUGUUGCAUGAUUAGCUCUCUCGAGAAGGUGGAUGAUAUCGAGGGAGCUGAAAGGAUCUUUGAGGAGUGGGAGUCCCAAUGCAUGAUGUAUGAUUUUCGCGUACUAAAUAAGCUUCUCCUUGCUUAUUGCAGAAAGGGGCUUUAUACAAAGGCUGAAGCAGCUUUCAAGAAAGCUGCAGAGGGAAGAACACCAUACGCAAGCACCUGGAUUACAAUGGCAAUGAGCUAUAUAGGGCAAAAUCAAAUGUCCAAGGCAGUUGAGAUGCUGAAAAAAGCAAUAUCAGUUUCAAGAAAAGGUUGGAAGCCAAAUCCUAUCACUUUGACUACCUGUUUAGACUACUUGGAAGAACAAGGAGAUGUUGAAGGCAUAGAGGAAAUUGUAAAGUCAUUAAAGAGCACAGAGUCCUUGACGAGGGAUAUAUAUCAUAGAUUAGUGAGGACAUAUACUGCUGCUGGAAUACCAGUCACUAAGGUUAUCGAUAAGAUGAAGAUGGAUAACAUUGCUGCUGAUGAAGAAACACACAAGAUCCUUGAAAGCUAACCCAAGUACAUAAUAACCUGGUAGAACUGGCUAUAUUAAUCCUAGAAAGACCUUGUUGAUGCCAUCAAUACUCUUGAUUUUCACAUUUUUAUUGACUUCUGCACUAACACAAACAGUUUUGGAUCACUGAAUUUAAUCUUUUGGAAUGGUCUUAUGUCAUGUGAACUUUCCCCUUCCUCACUUUUUGGUAGUACUUAUUUGGCAGUGAGAGUAACAAAAUGUCCUGUGCUUCUACUUAAUAUGAACACUUGUGCACUUCGUUAUGUAUAUUCUUUUUUUCCUUUUAUUAUUGUUAAUGUUAUUUGAACGUUAUACUAUUAUACAUAUAUAGUA